AUGGACGUCGGAAAAUUAUUCCUCUAUAUUUUUCUAAAAUUAUGCUUCUGUGAUUCUUUUUUAUUCUUUUUGAAUGCCUACGGAAUCCUAAUGUAUGCCACUUUCAACAACCCACACAAAGAACUUCGCAAUACUCCUUUGCAUUCCUCUUCCAAUCAAAACAUCAGAACUGAUUCUGAUGCUCAACUGGUUCCAGGACUCGGAAAAUACUCAGUGAGCCCGUCAGCCCCAUCAACGUCGUCUCAGUCGUCGCAGGAAUCCACUUCUGACGUUAUUCCACAAACAUUCGGAAAUAUGACAACAGAAGGACACAUGUGGUAUUAUCAACAACCGUCGCAUUUACUUAUUCUGAUGUUGACUUCCGAAAUAAAUCAUCAAAACAUUACUAGACAAGAUGAUGAUGAUGUUGAGAAGUUUGUAAUCAGAGAGCGCUGUAAUUUUUAA